AUGAAAUUAGAACGUGUGAGCAGCAAUGGCUCCUUCAAAAGGGGUAGAGACAUCCAGUCCCUUGAAUCUCCAUGUACAAGGCCUUUAAAAAAAAUGUCACCAAGUUCAUCUUUCACAUCUCUUAAAAUGAAGAAGCCUUUCAAAGAUAUUGUAAGGAAGUAUAGAGGCCACCUUCAUCAAAGUAACUGUAGACCCGGCUCAAACAAAUUGGAACUAGCAAGACCAGAUUUGUCUUUAAUAACUGAUCAAAGUUUUCUUCAAAGUAGUGUACAGACUACACCUAACAAUAAAACCUGUAGUGAGUACAUCUCAACUCCAGAGGCUACACCAUUAAAGAAUACAGCUACGGAAAAUGCAUGGGCAACCUCUCGAGUUGUUUCUGCAACCAGCCUUUCCAUAGUGACACCAACGGAAAUUAAAAAUGUUCUUGUUGAUGAAUUCUCCGAAUUGAAGUUAGUGCAACCCUUAACAACUCAGAAUCAGCAAAGUCAUGCGGUCUUCGAAAUUCCUGAGAUCGUGGAAAAUAUUAUAAAGAUGACGGUUUCUCUGGAAUCUGCAAACAUACCGAAGGAAAGACCAUGCCUGAGAAGAAAUCCGCAAUCUUAUGAGCACUCUCUGCUUAUGUAUAAAGACGAAGAAAGAGCCAAAAAAGCAUGGUCACAGACCCAACAGCUACGGGAUCCACCGUUAGUCAGACACAAAGAGAAGAAGCAAGGUGCCUUGUUUAGCUGUAUGAUGGUUAACAGAUUAUGGCUUAAGAUAACUAGGCCUUUUCUUUUUGAGAGCUUACAUUUUAAAAGUGCUCAUAAUUUUAAGGAUUUUUUAAGAGCUUCCCAAGAGACGACACAGAUCAUGAAACCGUCUCAUUUUAUAUUGCACAAAUUACAUCAAGUAACACAACCAGAUAUAGAAAAACUUUCCAGAAAAAUGGAAUGUGAAAAUUUGAAGUGGUUAGAAUUUUACGUCUGCCCUAGGAUAACUCCCCCAUUAAGCUGGUUCAAUAAUCUUCAAAAGCUUGAAAAGCUCACAAUUCCAGGUAAUAAAAACAUAGAUGAUAACUUUUUACUAAGGCUAUCACAAAGCAUACCAAACCUAAAGCACUUAGAUUUAAGAGCAUGUGACAACGUCAGUGAUUCAGGGGUUGUCUGUAUUGCUUUGAACUGUCCGAAAUUGAAAACAUUCAACAUUGGCAGACAUAGGCACGGAAAUUUAAUUACCAGUGUCUCACUGGUCGCACUAGGCAAAUAUACACAAGUCGAAACUGUGGGGUUUGCUGGUUGUGAUAUUGAUGAUGCCGGUAUUUGGGAAUUUGCUCGAUUGAAUGGCAAAAAUGUUGAAAGAUUGUCUUUAAAUUCCUGUCGUCUUUUAACUGAUUACUCCUUGCCCAUUCUUUUUGCUUUGAACUCAUUUCCAAACUUGGCUGUUUUAGAGAUCAGAAACCUGGAUAAAAUAACCGAUGUGAGGCAUUUCGUCAAGUAUAACUUGUGGAAAAAAUCACUAGAUGCCCCCAUUCUAAUUGAAGCGUGUGAGCGUAUUACGAAACUGAUCAAUGAAGAAGAAAACAGGGUUAAGAGGAUUAACUCCUUGAUUGCCUUAAAAGAUAUGACAGCUUGGGUUAAUGCAGAUGACGAAAUACAGAAUCAUGCGUGA